UAAUUUUAUCAUAAUAAUUUUAUCGAUUUCGGCAGCUGUCGCUCAAACGCUCGUCAAACUCUUGUCACACUAUCUGGCCAGGACUUUACUACAGUACUAAAGAACUAGCUAGAGCACUCUACUAUCUCUCAAUAGAAUCACCAUGCCUCCCACUACUGGUGGCAAAGGGUCUCCUACUCCUGGCGGCGAAGCAUUGGCAGCAUCGGCAACAGCUGCGGAAGCAUCGGAUCAUACCCCCAGCGUGGCAGGAUCCGUAGUAAAAGCGCAAGAUGUCUUGUCCGGAAACGAACUGCUCAUUCGCAUUCAAAAUAUCGCGUCCACGGCCAACCUAGGUGUCCCCCUCGAUUUGAAAAAGAUUGCCCUGAAAUGCCGCAACACAGAAUUCAAUCCACGACGAUUUGGUGCUGUCAUUAUGCGAUUAAGAGAGCCUCGGGCCACGGCUCUGAUCUUUGCCAGUGGGAAAAUGGUUGUCACGGGGGUCAAAUCGACUCACAAUGCUACCUUGGCAUCCAAAAAGUUUGCCUACGUCGUGGAGCGAGUGGGAUUCAAACCCCAUGAUAUCAUUGACUUCAAGGUGCAAAAUAUUGUGGGAACUGCGGAUUGUGGGUUUCCCAUUCGAUUAGAGGGGCUCGUCUAUGCCCACUCAGCCUUUGCAAGCUAUGAACCUGAACUCUUCCCAGGGCUCAUUUAUCGACUGGUUCGACCUCGGGUUGUCUUCCUGAUAUUUGUCAGUGGCAAGGUUGUCAUUACUGGUGCCAAGAAAGAGUCGGAUUUGAGCGAUGCGCUCACAAAACUGUACCCCGUGUUGGUAGAAUUCAAGAAAACGCAUGUAGCUAGCUUGCCCGGACUGCCCGCGGCAACUGGAACUCCGGCUGCAGGGGGUCAAGCGGCUGCCACGGAGAGUACUACUCCAAUGGAAGAGGUAUAACAGUGACAACAUCACUACAAAUUAUCUCCACUUUUGAGCAACAAUCUACUCGGACCUCUUUUUGAUAAGAAUGCAACAAAGCAAACUAUAUAAUCUACACUUGCUGAAUUCAAGCGCUCAAUUGGAAGAAGUGAUAUUGACUGGGAAUCAUCCCAGAUGGCAGCAUCUGAACAGCUAUAAAGAGUUGCUAUUAGCCUGGUCUGAGGGCGCAUCUCGGACCAACUUUUCAAACAAUCCUAGUAGAUGAAUGAAUUAAUCCAUUAUUAUUCAG